ACUAAGGGUGACACAUAGGUAACUGGUCACCAGGCAAAGGACACAGGGAUCAGUAAUUAGACACCCGAGGAGGAGCUUGUCCUGGCAUUUAGGGGGCCUCGCACAGAGUUUGGCCUCCCAGAGCGCCGCGGACAGUCGCUUGGAGACCACAGCCUGACGGUCACCUCGGAGGUCUAAGCGUGGCCGCCAGGCGACUCUAUGAGCUGUGCCUGCCCCGCGGCCGUCCUCUCCUGGGACCCUGGCCGCCUCUCGACCCCUGCUGAAGCUACGGCUGCGCUGGGUCAGUACCUCCUCGACGGUUGCUUUCGGGGAGCGGAGAGAGGGGCCGGACCUGUGGACCUGGCGCUGACCCCAGAGACCGGCCGGGCGGCGUGGGCAGUUGGGUGGAAAGGGUGCCUGACCGUGGCUCUGUGCCUCACUCCCCAAAGCUGGAACUACAAGCCCCAGAAGGCUUUGCGCCAGGGGGCCUUGGCCCCUGACCUCAGGGACGGAAAUUAUUGUUGCCCGGCAACAGCAAGCCCGUCGGGUCGCAGCAGUCGGCGGCAAAACUGCUCCGCCCAAGGACGCCUUGAGGGAAACGCGCUGAAGCUGGACCUGGUCACUUCGGACCUCGACUUGGACGCCACCCCUCCGCGCGGUCCCCGCAUAGGUCCUGGAGCCAGACAGAUCCUGGACCGUGGCAGGCAUGGCGUCGGAGGAGUGCUGCUGCAAUUUGGGGGCAUCUCCCUAAGCCCAGGGGCCUCUUCCAAGAGGAAGGACCCGAAAGACUAUGAGAAGGAGAACCUGAAGCGGAUCAGAGAGAUCCAGAAGCGCUUCCGUGAGCAGGAGCGCAGCCGGGAGCAGGGCCAGCCCAGGCCCCUGAAGGCUCUGUGGCGUUCACCCAAAUAUGACAAGGUGGAGUCCCGGGUCAAGGCCCAGCUGCAGGAGCCCAGCCCAGCCUCUGGAACAGAGCCCACCCACUUCCUUCGGGCACACUCCCGCUGUGGCCCUGGGAUCCCACCACCCCGUGCCCCCAGUCCUCAGCUAAACCCACCAGGCCCCAAUGCUAAGGGGCCAGGCCUCGAUGUGGACUUCAUUAGCCACAAUGCCCGCACUGCCAAGAGGGCCCCCCGGCGGCAUUCCCGCUCCCUGCAGGUCCUGGCACAAGUGCUGGAGCAGCAACGGCAAGCCCAAGAGCACUACAACACCACGCAGAAGGGCCACGUACCCCAUUACUUGUUGCAACGCAGGGAUCUGUGGCGGCGGGAGGCUGAGGCCCGCCAGCAUAGCCAGCUGGACCCUGCCAUGCCCCCUGGUCACACUUGCAUGCCUGAGAACCAGCGGCUGGAGACACUGAGCAAUCUGCUCCAGAGCCAGAGCCAGUUGCUACGUGAGCUGGUGCUGCUGCCUGCUGGGGCAGACUCACUGAGGGCCCAGGGCCACCAUGCUGAGCUGGACCAGAAGCUGGUGCAGGUAGAGGAGGCCAUCAAGAUCUUUUCCCGCCCCAAGGUCUUUGUGAAGAUGGAUGUCUGAGCCCUUUUGUGGGGGCGCUUAUGGGGGUCCUCAGUGAAGAUUGCCACACAGUUGCAGAGGGCAGGAUCAAGCCCCAUCAUAGAAUGGGGGUCCAAAGACAGGAGCAGUGGUGUGGGCAGUAUCCCCAGAGCACUCUUCCCAGCCACCGGUGGCUGUAGAAGGGCCAGCCCAACCUCUUAAUCCCUUUGUCAAAAUUAAACCUUUUGUACACAA